AUGUACACAGGGUUCAACCCUGCAGCAGUUGUAGCAGACGAUAGUGUUGCCAAUGUCUACCAUCGUGAACACUUGGAGCAACAUGGACGAUGUACACAGGGGUUCGACCCUGCAGCAGUUGUAGCAGACCCCCUCACACAAGCCUACCACACCACUCUCACUACAAGGCUACCCCACAGCCCCUCACACAAGCCCACCACACCACCUCACACAAGCCUCCCCACCACCCUCACACAAGCUCUCCCCACCAACCCCCACAAGCCCACCACACCACCUCACACACAAGCCCACCCACACCACCUCACACACAUACAAUUCCCUACAGCCCUCACACAAGCUCUACACCACACCACCUCACACAAGCCUCCACCACCACCUCCCUACACACAAGCCUACCACACCACUCCCUCACACAAGCCCACCCCACAGCUUCACACAACCACCCUCCACAUUACACACCUCACACAAGCUUCUCCCACCACCCUCACACAAGCUCCACCACACCACCCUCACACAAGCUACCUCCCCACCACUCCUCACACAAGCUCUACCACACCACUUCCUACACACAGCACCACUCCCACAGCCACCACACACAAGCCUACCACACCACCUCUCACACAAGCCUCUACCCACCACCCUCAGGCAAGCCUCCCCACCCACCCUCACUCAAGCCUCCCUCCCCCACCACCUUCACCACACAAGCUCCCCACCACCUCACACAAGCCUCCCCACCACCCCUCAGGACAAGCCCUACCCCACCAAACACUCUCUAAGCCUACUCCCCACCAAACACUCUCAAGCCUACCACCACACACCAACACAAGCUGUAACCACAAGCCUCCUCCCACCACACCUCUCUCACACAAGCCCACCACACCUCUCUCUCACAAACCCACCACACCACUCUCACACAAGGCUACCCCACAGCCCUCACACAAGCCCACCACACCACUCUCACACAAGGCUACCCCACACCACUCACACAAGCCUCACCCACCACUCUCACACAUGGCUACCCAACAGCCCUCACACAAGCCCACCACACCUCUCUCACACAAGCCUACCACACCACUCUCACACAAGGCUACCCCACAGCCCUCACACAAGCCCACCACACCACCCUCACACAAGCCUACCACACCACUCUCACACAAGGCUACCCCACAGCCCUCACACAAGCCUACCACACCACUCUCACACAAGGCUACCCCACAGCCCUCACACAAGCCCACCACACCACCCUCACACAAGCCUCCCCACCACCCUCACACACAAGCCUCCCCACCAACCCUCACACAAGCCCACCACACCACCCCUCACACACAAGCCCACCACACCACCCUCACACAAGGCUAUACCCCACAGCCCCUCACACAAGCCUACCACACCACCCUCACACAAGCCUCCACCACCACCCUCACCAGCUCUACCACACCACUCUCACACAAGGCUACCCCACAGCCCUCACACAAGCCCACCACACCACCCUCACACAAGCCUCCCCCACCACCCUCACACAAGCCCACCACACCACCCUCACACAAGCCUCCCCCACCACCCUCACACAAGCCUACCACACCACUCUCACACAAGGCUACCCCACAGCCGUCACACAAGCCUACCACACCACCCUCACACAAGCCUCCCCACCACCCUCAGGCUGUUCCAGGAUGCCAGCUAAGGAAAUACCGCAGCAGGAGUAUACACAAAUACGGAUUUAGUCAGACCUACAAACAAAAAGUGGUUGAGACAGGGAGACUCUUACAGGAACUCAUGCAAUCUCAGGAGGAAUGGGAUUUUGAGGAAAAUAUGUUGACUGGUAUGUACAUUGUGAUCUACGUCUUCUAA